AGUCACAACAAGAAGUCACGUGUUUGUUUUGGUAACCUUUGAGACGAAAACCGGUUUAUCUCCAUCGGCCCUUAGUUGCUAGUCGAUUUGUUAUGUCAUUAGGUAGCAGGUACAUUCCUUUCCGUUUAUUUUAAAGAAGAUGGUGUUAUUUAAUUUUAAAUGGGCAGGAGUUUUGAGUUUAAUCAUUUUACAACUGAUACAGGGUUGCGUGUCGAUGAUAGAUGUCUACCCUCGAGUGAGGUCUGUACCGGUCACGGGAGACCCAGGACAACCUUUGUUUCUAACUCCACUUAUCGAAUCUGGAAACAUCACCGCGGCUAAGGCGGCUGCAAGAGUCGGGCGCUUGGAAGGGGCUGAAGGUAUCGAGAGCUAUUCAGGAUACCUCACUGUCAACAAGAACUUAAAUUCCAACCUCUUUUUCUGGUUUUUCCCAGCAGAGGUGAAAGCGGCCACUGCUCCGGUGCUGCUGUGGCUGCAAGGGGGUCCCGGGGCUUCAUCCCUGUUCGGCCUGUUCGGGGAGAACGGCCCGUUCUACGUCAGCAAGAGGAACACCCUGAAGCGGAGGAAGUACGCCUGGACCAGCUCCAACUCUGUCAUCUACAUCGACAAUCCCGUCGGCACAGGGUUCAGCUUCACGGAGAGUGACGAUGGCUACGCCAGGAACGAGACGGCGGUGGGCGAGGACUUGUACUGCGCCCUGCAGCAGUUCUUCAGGCUGUUCCCGGAGCUCCAGAAGAACGACUUCUACAUCACCGGAGAGUCGUACGCCGGGAAGUACAUCCCAGCCCUCGGCUACGCUAUCCACACAAAGAACCCGAAUGCAACUCUCAAGAUAAACAUGCAAGGCAUGGCCAUUGGGAACGGGCUGAGCGACCCAGAGAACAUGCUGCUCUACGGAGACUACCUGUACCAGCUGGGCCUCAUCGACCUCAAUGCUCGAGACCUGUUCCACCAAAAGGAAGCCCUCACCCGCAAGUACAUCCAGGCACGGCAGUGGAAGAAGGCCUUCCAAGUGUUCGACACCCUGCUGAACGGAGACCUGAGCCAGAACGGCACCUUGUUCUCCAACCUGACGGGCCUCAAGAGCUACUACAACUACGUGUCCGCGGACGGGCGGCGCAGGGGGGGCGACAGCGACCUGUACGUGCAGGGCGCGGCGGUGCGACGCGCGCUCCACGUGGGGGGGCGGCCGUACAACGACGGGCGGGCGGUGGAGCGACACCUGGAGGAGGACGUGAUGCGGUCGGUGCGGCCGUGGGUGGAAGAGCUGCUGGAGCACCACCGCAUCGUGACGUACAACGGCCAGCUGGACGUCAUCGUGGCCUACCCCCUGACGCUGGGCUACCUGCAGGCCCUGCGCUGGAGCGCCAGCCCCGCCUACAGGACGGCCCCCCGCUACCAGUGGCACGUGGGCCGGGAGCUGGCCGGCUACGUGAAGCACGCUGGGCACCUCACCGAGGUGCUGGUGCGGGACGCGGGCCACAUGGUGCCCGCCGACCAGCCCCGGUGGGCGCUCGACCUCAUCACGCGCUUCACCUCGGAGAAGGCCUUCGCUCCGUAGCGAUGAUGAUGCGCUGAUACACACACUCGACUGGUCUUGCGUGGAAGAUUAGAUGAUAUUCUAAUAUACAGUCUCUCUUACAUUUAUUGGUUGUUUUAUUACAUGAGAUAAAUGUUAUAUUUAGACCUUAACAUCUUUCUUGGUACUUAGUAUUUUUAAAUUUAUUUUCAAUUCCUUCAUCAUUUGAGUUAAAAAAUGACAAUGCUAUAGUAUUUGAAACUUGGUAGUAUAAUGUUCUUGAAACUUUUUUUUUUAACAUUUUCUCCUUGCAUAUCAUGCAAUAACUACGUAUAACCUUCGUAAUGCAUGGCCUGAUGUAAUAAAUUUGUCUUUACAAUCCAAACGAGCCAAACUGGGCUAAGAUCAUCGUAGUACUGUGGGUUAUUUUUGUUUUUAAAUCCUAACUUCAUACAGGGCUUAAUAUUAUGUAAUAUUUCAUGAUCCGUCACAGGUUUCAUAUUUUUUUAUUCAGGUUUUGCCAUUAUGCACUUUAUUAACAUCUAAAUAUUUUUUUUAAUAUUACCAGAGAAUUCAUAGUUGUAAACAAUCAUCUUUUAAUAAAAAAAUCAUUCAAUGAAGAAUUUGGUAAUAGCCACUUCCUACAGUUUUUUUAAUUGUGGUGUCUUAAGUAAUUUUUGCAUUAAACGGUACAUAACAUAACAUAGCAAAGUUGAUCGUUCAGCUACAUUGCAAAUGUUAACGUGACAUUUUUUCCUACAUUGACAACUACAUUCUCUUGAAAAUCUUAUUUUAAAAAAUCUUAAUUUUAAAUUUGUCUUUAGAUUAUAAAAAUUGGUUACACCCUCUUAAAAACUUCAGUUCAAAUUAUUUUAAUUGUGGAGUGAAGGUUGUCUCAAUUAUGAAACUGAAGUUUGAUACUCUAUAAAUUUAGAGUUAUAAUUGUUUACAAUUAGGAUGUUGCGGGAUCCUACGAGCCUUUCAGACAGCAGUGACCUUUAUGGGAUCAAUCAAAUAGCAAAACAUAUAUUUAGCGAUGAUAGGUACCUACUGAUAUAGUUCAAUUGUUUACAGUAAAAGUUGCAAAUAUGUACUAUUGUGUGUCAUAAUUGUAAGCAUGCUGAUCAUUGUUUGUUCCUUGUAAUGAUGCAAUUUGUUAAAUAAAAUGUCAUUUUUUAUUACUA